CUGAUAAACACACCUGUCGAAACCCUAAAGUACAUGUGCUUUUGUCGAUCAUUAUUAUGUGAACUCGCCCUCUAAAUCAGUAAUAAUCUUGGUCUUCCUUUCUCGUAAGUUACAUACCUUUCUCAGAAAAUUGCAGUUUUGUGUGGAAACCGCUUUAUCUGGAAAUGGAUGUUGAUCAAGACAUAAACUUGUUGAGUUCUUUCACUGCUUAUCUGUCCAACUUGAGCUCUGUAGAGGACAUCACCGAAGAAGAAUGUAACAAAUAUGUAAAAGGUAUCACCAGUAAAAACAUUCAACUUGUGCAGUUGGUGGAGAACCUUGGGCCUUUUCUUCUGCACUUGGACAAUGACAAGCGGGAGCAAGGCUGUUUAGUUCUCGCGAAUAUUUUGACCUUACUACCUCAGGAUGCUCUCUCUUCUAUGGAAGUCACUUUUAUUGCCCGUUUUCUGUGCGAAAGAAUGAAAGAUCACCAUUCAGUCAUUCCGGCUGCAUUGAAGGGCACCCUGGCCAUUGCAAAAAUGAAGAAUGUUGAUAACGGGAUAGCAGCAGAAUUCUUCUCUACAGCUUUCAUCCAUUUUUAUUGUCAGUCUCAGCGGCAUGAUGACAGAAACACGUUUUACCAAAUUAUUUGCUGCUUUAUGGACACAAAAACACCAGAGUUGCUGGCAAUGGGGACAGACUUUGUUUACGGUGUAAUUAGUUCCAUGGAUGGAGAGAAGGACCCGCGAAAUCUAAUGCUUCUCUUUACUAAACUUGUGCCAAAGUUUGUCACUACCUUUAAGCUAGGACAUCUUACGGAAGAAACCUUUGAAGUUCUCGGUUGUUAUUUUCCUGUUGAUUUCCAGCCAUUGAGUAAUGAUCCAGCUGCCAUUACUCGAGUUGACCUGGCGUCUGCGCUACAACCGUGCUUGGUGGCACAUCCUGAAUUUGCUGAAUUUGCAGUACCUUUAGCUCUUGAGAAAUUAGUCUCAUCUUUACCUGUUGCCAAAGCGGAUUCCCUCAAACUCUUGAUUGAUUCCUGUGCAAAAUUUCCUGCAGCUAACCUAAUGUCUCAUGUAACAAUGAUUUGGCAUACAUUACGAUCAGAAAUCCUGACUUGUGUCGGUGAUCCUGAACUGCGAGACUUAUGCUUCAAGGUUCUAUAUUCACUAGUUCAGAAUCUUUCCUGCUCAGCCUUAGACUCAGACCAGAUGGCUAUUUACAAUGGCCUACUAAAUGACAUAUUUUUAUCUAUGAAAGGCUAUCUGUCUGACCUCAGCCUAAGUCUGUUCAACCCAAUCUGUAAACUGCUAGAAACCGUUGCCUCAGCAUCACAUAGUUCAUGUAGUUUCAUGUUGUUGAAGAUUGUGCCAGUUUUAACAGCACUGACCCCCAAGUCUUCAGCAGAGUCUGUGACUUUGCUCAAAGUGAUGUCAGCAUUCCUCUUAGUGUGCUUUCAAACUCAGGUUUUGCCUGAAGAAUGGUUCCUCUCUGUGGCCCAAGAACUUGUACAAGCUCAAGCAGGUACAUUACGUCUCAAAGUGAUGCCAAGAAAUGGCAAUUGUCUUUUUCAAGCAUUACUUCAUCAGCUGGAAUAUCAUUGCCCUCAUCGACCGAAAAUAAGUGUCCAGGAGCUGAGAUUCAAAAUAAGAGACUACCUCCUUGACAAUCUGAACCAAGCACCAAUUUUAAUCAAUGUCCUCCAAACAAGCAGCCAAGACCCACAGUUCAUGAAGCAUCAUCAGAGUACUUCCCCGCAUAUUCGGGUCAAUCAUUUUAUUCAACGUUUAGGUCAUAAUCAGGCAUGUCACGGAGGAGCGGAAACCAUACAUGCCUUCUGCGAGUUAUUUGGCUGUAGUGUCCGGAUCUACACUGAGAAUGGACUUGAUCAUAAAAUUGGCAAUGGCGCCCCAAUUUUGAAAAUUUGCCACAGAUUGAACAAACCUGACACAAUAACUGGAGCCACCAAUUCAACUCAUUAUGAUAGCGUAUUGGUACUUAUAAAAGAUAAGACUAAUACAGCUGAUCAAGUUGCACCUGUAACCCAUUCCCAGUUGAGAGCAGGAAAACGCAAGGCCGAAAAUUCUAUGAGGAACGGAAAAAUGCAAAGGAAAGAAAGCCCUAUUCCCCUUCAGCAUUUAAAUGAACAAGCACUAAAUCCUCUUGCCAACUUCAACAAGAUUGAAACUCCAGUAAAACACCUUGAACACACAUGUACAGGGUCUAUAUUAGAAGCUACCCAAAGUAUCAGCUAUAAGGCGUUGAGGAUUGGCCUCUGGAACUUACAUGACUGCACCAGCGGUGUGUCUCAAAGUGUAUUAGAAGACUAUUUUGAAAAGUUCAAUUUGGAUGUUGUCAUCUUACAGGAAAGUAACCUUAUCUGCACGAACAGCAAUUCUAAUAAGCUUGAUUGGUACAACUCAGAGAUUACUACAGAAUCUCGCCGAGUCAGAGGUGUCAGUAUUGUUGUCAAAAAGAAUGCCCAAGUUACUGAAGUUAAAUACCAUUCUCCAGACCUGCUUUCCAUCAAACUGCAAAAUGCCGAUGAUGUGUAUGAGAUUUUUGGAUGUUAUGCGCCAGCAUCUGGCACAGCUGAAGCUGUGGAAUUCUUUUUAUUUCUAACCCCUAAGCUGACAGCUAUCAUACCAGAUCACCGACUGGUUGUAGCUGGUGAUUUCGAUGGCCAUAUCGGCUCUGUGGAUCGAGUACCGGAAGAUAUUGGCAUAAUCGGCUCUGUUCUAGGUCAUGAGCACUCUAAUGAUAAUGGCAAAGAACUCAAAGACCUAGCAAAGAACUUUCAACUUCAGAUGAAAAAUACCUUCGGUAAUAUGAAAAAGAAUAUUUCUCUGUCCUGGAGCUACAAAGAAGGUGACCAAUGUUCACAACCUAGUCAUAUUUUAGUAAGAGGUUUGUGGGCCGGAAAGUUUCGUGCUAAGAUUAUUGAUAGUUGUCAUGGUCUUACUCCCAACCACAAGUUUAUAUUUGCCCAUCUUAAACCAUCGAACAAAUCUGCUAACCUACCCACUAACUCCAACAACAAGAAAAUAAGCUCCCUUUAUGACAGCAACAGGAUCAAUAUGCCAACAGAACACCAAUCAUAGAUAUCAGACUACCAGCCUAUCCUCUAUUGUUUUUAGCCAAGAACCAAAGUCCUUUCAUCCUUUUCAUUGUGACGCAAGGAACUUGCAUUGCAGCACCAGUAUUUUUCGAGAUCAAAUGGAAAAUGUCUCAGCCAUUUCUAUGAGUAUUCUCAUCUUACAGGGAACUCAUUUCAUCAACUCAAACACUGAUCUUAAGAAUUUCUUAUGGUAUAAUUUAGACAUCACGGCAGAGUCGUAUCUAGCCGAAGGUGUUCGUAAUUGGCUCCAUGAAUUGGAGGCAUAAUUAUAGCCCCCCCUAUCAGCCUCAUUCGUGGCUGUUAGCAUUCGAAUGAUAAUGGGACAGGACUUGUGAACCUAAGACAAGCGAAAUAGAUCUCUGGCAAAGAUCAACAUGAAUCUCGAGAUGAGAUCAUGUAAGAAACGAAAGAGUGCGUGAGAUAAUGAACGCAGAACGGACUAUUGUUCAUGAAAGCAUGACCAAUCAGCUUGUCUGGUAUGGCCGUGUUAAAAGAAUGGUGGAUUACAGGUUGCUGAAGAAGGCACUAGGCUGGUAGCAUUCUUUCCAAAGGAAAUGAACUGGGGAACCAAAUUUAUCAAAUUUAAAAAAAAGUUUAAAAGAAUAUAAACUGAAAAAUUAUAUUUGUUCAUUUGAUACAAGAAGAAGCAAACCUUCUAUCCCCAGAAAAAAUCUUAAAAUGGCAUUGUUAUCCACAUGUUACCAGGCAGAUACACCAUUAGUUGAUGGACUGUUGUAGCAUAAGUGGCACUGAACAACACAGAAAAAAAUGAAUUACUGAUUUAACAAUUAAAUUGUUAUAACUUAUGUCCGACAUGUUUCAAAUGUGCAUUUUACAAUAGUGGAAAGCUAAUUUCACCACGUGGGGAUUAGCAUUUUUUUUUAUAUAAAAUCUACAUUGAAAUGUUUCGGACACUUGUUUAAACUAACUACAAAAUUGUUAAAUCAGCAAUUUCAUUUUUCCCGUGAAGCAGGAAAGCGCUUCUCAUGAAAGCCAAGUUUUAGGCUUUGAGACCAACUGAAAGGACACCUUGUCCCCCAUCUUCCUAAAUGUAAUAGGCUUACAACGUCAGUAUGCAUUAAGGCACACGAAGGACUGAAAUUGACAGCUUCUUCUGUCACUUUUCACACGAAGGAAACCCAAGUCAGAAGAUGUCAAUUUAACAGGAGUAGAAAACCAGUAUGACACUAUUUCAGGAGCAGUUACAAAAGGCUUCAUCAGCGCUCCCAAGAGUUCAAGUAACGCACAAAGGAAAGAAAAUUACUACCUAUCGACCACGCAGAAUCAUAAAUCUGCAAAACAAAUCGGUUUGAUCUUCAAAUUUUUACACAACAGGAAGCCAAAAACUGCUACCUCCAAGCCAAUAAGGACCAUCCCGAGUAGAAUUUUCGAAUAUCUUAUGAUUUAAAGCUUGGUUAGAUUCUUCAUUGAGUAAAACAUCCUGCACACACACAGAAGGCCACAAAAUUCCGGAGAUUGAGUGUCACUUAACUGGGCAUUUUUUUCCUGGGAAUUUAGGAUGAAAAAGACAUUUCUUUGUUUCGUGGAGAAAAUGUUUAUAGUAUAAAUAAAUUAUUCUUUUUUUAGUAUGUAUCAGAAAUGAGGUUUAAAAUCAAGAUAAACAUUUGGAGAUUAUUAUUUUUUUAUGGAAAAAUGUUUUUGAACCAAAAGGACGAUGUAAUGCCCGUGACAACGAAGAAUGAAUACAACUUUUAAAAUCGUCGUCAAAAUAUUUUACUGGACAUCACGUUUUAUGAAACCCACAUAUGGAGUUGGAAUUUUAUUAGGAUCACUGUACAUAUGAUGAGAAAAUUGAAUUUUGAAAUAGUUGCUCAAAGUGCAUGUCCAAAAUGUUGCAUGUUUGGUGUAGCUCUCUCUGAGGUUUACUUUAUUCAUUGAAACUUCGAGGGGAAGGAGGGAAUCUUCCUUGCAUGAGUCCAAGGAUUUUUUUUGCAGUCUUCAUCUUCACUCCCCUCUACCCCAUUAACUCUGCAUGACAUUUCGAAGUGCCAACAAGUAAUGUCAGUGACAGAAAAAAAAAGAAAAAAAAAAAAAAAAAAAAAAAAAAAAAAAAGGCCA